AUGUCGCUCGGUGUCUUACUCUGUUUUAUAACAUUCUCUCUCUCUCUCUCUCUCUCUCUCUCUCUCUCUCUCUCUCUCUCUCUCUCUCUCUCUCUCUCUCUCUCUCUAAUAAUUUUCACAAGACCCGGUAAAGCGGCAAUAAACAGCCAACCAAAGAUGAAAGUCCAAAGCGUCGAGGUGUAUCUGUCUAAGAAGAAUCGACGUCGUCCGGUGAGGGCUGCUCUGUCCAUCAAGGCCUGUUUCCCUCGAAAGAUCGCCACAACAGCUUCAACACCGGACAUUCCAAUGGAUUUCUUUCUUCUUAUAUUACUUACGACGCCAGCUGCUGAAACUGUUGAAAACAACCCUCAUAUUUCGUCUUCAAUUGUCAAACCGGAUGAGAAAGCAUAUGUCAGCGACAAAAAUAAAAAUGUCCGCAAGUUAAUCGUCUCCCUAAUUAAAAAGAAUCGACGUCGGCUAGUUAGUGCUGAAGUGAUUGUCAAGGCUUGUUUCCAUCCAAAGACCACUACACCAACGCCAUCAACUUUUCUUUCAACAUUACAAUCUACCAUCACGGCAACAGGACACCAGGAAUUGUGUCAUCAUGACGAUGGUAUGAAGAAUCCUGCCUAUAUUCCAAAUCGAAAUAUCAAGACAUCCUCUACAAAGAAUGGACGGAAGCCGACAGACAUACGACCUGGUGGUGAUGUGUGGACAUCCAAAAAGAACGACAAGAAACCAAAUAUCGAAAUCACACUCGGAGACAAAGCCGUUCCGACGCAAAGCGUCGAGAUUGUCAAACCGGAUGAGAAAGCAUAUGUCAGCGACAAAAAUAAAAAUGUCCGCAAGUUAAUCGUCUUCCUAAUUAAAAAGAAUCGACGUCGGCCAGUUAGUGCUGAAGUGAUUGUCAAGGCUUGUUUCCAUCCAAAGACCACUACACCAACGCCAUCAACUUUUCUUUCAACAAUACAAUCUACCGUCACGGGUAAAUAUUUACAAUUCUUUGAUAUUUUUCGCAAACUUUACAUGACAUACAAUAUUUCUCUUCGACCGAUUUCUCUCUCUUUCUCUCUCUCUGUCUCUCUCUCUCUCUCAGAAACUUCUCUCUCUCUCUUCUCCCUUUCACUAUCUCACUCCCCUCUCUUUCUCAACCCUCUCGCUUUUCUCUCUCUAUCUUACUCCCCCUUUCUCAAUCCUUUCUCUCUCCCACUCUCUCUUCCCUUCUCAACAGGGCGGCAAGAAUUGUGCCAUCUUGACGAUGGUAUGAAGAAUCCUGCCUAUAUUCCAAAUCGAAAUAUCAAGACAUCCUCUACAAAGAAUGGACGGAAGCCGACAGACAUACGACCUGGUGGUGAUGUGUGGACAUCCAAAAAGAACGACAAAAAACCAAAUAUCGAAAUCACACUCGGAGACAAAGCCGUUCCGACACGAAGCGUCAAGAUUGUCAAACCUAAUGAGAAAGCAUACGUCAGCGACAAAAAUAAAAAUGUCCGCAAGAUUAUCGUCUCUCUAAUUAAAAAGAACCGACGUCGACCAGUUAGUGCUGAAGUGAUUGUCAAGGCUUGUUUCCAUCCAAAGACCACUACACCAACGCCAUCAACUUUUCUUUCAACAUUACAAUCUACCAUCACGGCAACAGGACACCAGGAAUUGUGUCAUCUUGACGAUGGUAUGAAGAAUCCUGCCUAUAUUCCAAAUCGAAAUAUCAAGACAUCCUCUACAAAGAAUGGACGGAAGCCGACAGACAUACGACCUGGUGGUGAUGUGUGGACAUCCAAAAAGAACGACAAGAAACCAAAUAUCGAAAUCACACUCGGAGACAAAGCCGUUCCGACGCGAAGCGUCGAGGUUAUAAAAACACGAAACACUGUAAAUUCGGAUGAGAAAGCCUACGUCAGCAACGAGAACAAAAAUGUCCGCAAGGUUAACGUCUACCUGAUUAAAAAGAAUCGACGUUGGCCAGUUAAUGCCGAAGUGGUUGUCGAGGCUUGUUUCCAUGCAAAAACCACGGCAGCAACGACAUCAACUUUUGUCUACACUACACAAACUACAGUCACAGAAAAGGCACAACGUUGUGAUGACGUGGAUGGCAUGAAGAAUCCUAUCUUCAUCCCGAACAGUAAUAUCAAAACCAGUUCGACAAAGAGAGGAAGUAAACCCGAAUACGUCCGACCUGGUAAUCGUGUAUGGAGCUCGACAAAACUUGAUAGAAGCCCCAGAAUCACCGUCCUUCUCACAUUCCAUGAUUUUUUCUCAUCUAUCAUGUCGCUCUGUGUCUUACUCUGUUUGAUAACAUUCUCUCUCUCUCUCCUCCUCUCUCUCUCUCUCUCUCUCUCUCUCUCUCUCUCUCUGCCUCUCUCUAAUAAUUGUUUUUUGAAAUCCAAUUUAAUCAUAUCGCAUAAAAUGAAUAAAGAAACAUUAUGCCACAACCUUGAUGAUAAACUUUAUCGUUGUCUCUUCUCGUCGAACAGUUCACAAGACCCGAAGAAUCGACGUCGUCCGGUGAGGGCUGCUCUGUCCAUCAAGGCCUGUUUACCUCGAAAGAUCGCCACAACAGCUUCAACACCGGCAACAACGCCGUCUGUUUGUCAGUUCGUUGAUGGUAUGAAAGACGCGAAAUAUAUUUCUACGCCAGACAUCAAGACUUCAUCGACGAAGAGAGGACUGAGACCCGUCGACGUACGACCAGGUGGUGAUUUGUGGACUUCCAAAAAAUAUGACAAGAAACCUAGAAUCGACAUCAAACUCGGAGACAACGCAGUUCUUACACAAAGCGUCAAGAUUAUAAAUGCACGAAACGUGAAAAAAGUUAAAGUUAUCUUUCUCUUGGCAAACAAGAAGACAGUCACCAAGAUUGUCAAACCGAAUGAGAAAGCAUACGUUAGCGACAAGAAUAAAAAUGUCCGCAAGAUUAUCGUCUCCCUAAUUAAAAAGAAUCGGCGUCGGCCAAUUAGUGCUGAAGUGAUUGUCAAGGCUUGCUUCCAUCCAAAGACCACGACACCAACGCCAUCAACUUUUCUUUCAACAAUACAAUCUACCGUCACGGGUAAGUAUUUGAUAUUCUUUUUCGCAAACUUUACAUCACAUACAAUAUUUCUCUUCAACCGAUUUCUCUCUCUCUCACUCUUUCCCUAUCUCAACCCUCUUUCACUUCUCCCUCUCUCUCUAUCUUUCCCCAUCUUUUUUCUCAAACCUCUCUCUCCCUCUUUCUGCCUCGCCCCUCUCUCUCUCCCUCUCUCUUCUAUAAUUCCCUUAAACUUCUCAACAACGCCGUCUGUUUGUCAGUUCAUUGAUGGUAUGAAAGACGCGAAAUAUAUUUCUACGCCAGACAUCAAGACUUCCUCGACGAAGAGAGGACUGAGACCCGUCGACGUACGACCAGGUGGUGAUUUGUGGACUUCCAAAAAAUAUGACAAGAAACCUAGAAUCGACAUCAAACUCGGAGACAACGCAGUUCUUACACAAAGCGUCAAGAUUAUAAAUGCACGAAACGUGAAAAAAGUUAAAGUUAUCUUUCUCUUGGCAAACAAGAAGACAGUCACCAAGACUGUCAAACCGGAUGAGAAAGCAUACGUCAGCGACAAAAAUAAAAAUGUCCGCAAGUUAAUCGUCUUCCUAAUUAAAAACAAUCGACGUCGACCAGUUAGUGCUGAAGUGAUUGUCAAGGCUUGUUUCCAUCCAAAGACCACUACAGCAACGCCAUCAACUUUUCUUUCAACAAUACAAUCUACCGUCACGGGUAAAUAUGUACAAUUCUUUGAUAUUUUUCGCAAAGUUUACAUCACAUACAAUAUUUCUCUUCGACCGAUUUCUCUCUCUCUUUCCCUAUGUCUCUCUCCCUUUAUAUCUCUCCCACUCUUUUUUUUUCAAACCUCUCUCUCUCCUUCUCUCCUCUGUCUGUCACUCUCUCUCUCUCUCUCCCCUCUCUUCUAUAAUUCCCUUAAACUUCUGUUCAUAUUCCAUAAUUCUCUGCUGCAACGUCCAUUCACAAGACCCGGUAAAGCGGCAAUAAAUAACCAACCAAAGAUGAAAGUCCAAAGCGUCGAGGUGUAUCUGUCUAAGAAGAAUCGACGUCGUCCGGUGAGGGCUGCUCUGUCCAUCAAGGCCUGUUUCCCUCGAAAGAUCGCCACAACAGCAUCAACACCAGUUAUCUUUUGCUUGAUGGAAACUAUAUUUCUUCUUGCAGCAACAGGACACCAAGAAUUGUGUCAUCUUGACGAUGGUAUGAAGAAUCCUGCCUAUAUUCCAAAUCGAAAUAUCAAGACAUCCUCUACAAAGAAUGGACGGAAGCCGACAGACAUACGACCUGGUGGUGAUGUGUGGACAUCCAAAAAGAACGACAAGAAACCAAAAAUCGAAAUCACAUUCGGAGACAAAGCCGUUCCGACACGAAGCGUCAAGAUUGUCAAACCGGAUGAGAAAGCAUACGUCAGCGACAAAAAUAAAAACGUCCACAAGAUUAUCGUCUCCCUAAUUAAAAAGAAUCGACGUCGGCCAGUUAGUGCUGAAGUGAUUGUCAAGGCUUGUUUCCAUCCAAAGACCACUACAGCAAUGCCAUCAACCUUUGUCUACACUACGCAAUCUACCAUCACGGAAAAGACACAACGUUGUGAUGACGUGGACGGUAUGAAGAAUCCUGUCUUCAUCCCGAACACCAAUAUCAAGACCAGUUCGACAAAGAGAGGAAGUAAAUCCGAAUACGUCCGACCUGGUAGUCGUGUAUGGAGCUCGACAAAACUUGAUAGAAGCCCCAGAAUCACCGUCCUUCUCACAUUCCAUGAUUUUUUCUCAUCUAUCAUGUCGCUCGGUGUCUUACUCUGUUUGAUAACAUUCUCUCUCUCUCUCUCUCUCUCUCUCUCUGCCUCUCUCUCUCUCUGCCUCUCUCUCUCCCUCUCUCUCUGCCUCUCUCUCUCUCUAAUAAUUUUCACAAGACCCGGUAAAGCGGCAAUAAACAGCCAACCAAAGAUGAAAGUCCAAAGCGUCGAGGUGUAUCUGUCUAAGAAGAAUCGACGUCGUCCGGUGAGGGCUGCUCUGUCCAUCAAGGCCUGUUUCCCUCGAAAGAUCGCCACAACAGCUUCAACACCAGUUUUCCCUUUCACCGGGCACAACCUCCUGUGCCAUGUACUCUGUUGCAUCUUGAACAUAGUGACACGUUUCUCUUCAUUUCCACCCCAAACCUCUGGCUUUGUUUUCGGGUUGGUCAUUUUUCUCUUUCUUUUCUUUUACAGCCUCGAUAAUCAUGGCCCCUCUGACCGCCAUUUGUGUUUGAACUUUUGUUCAAACGUCCCAGUCGUUUCUCUUGGUUUCUCAACAAUUGUCAAACCUGAUGAGAAAGCAUACGUCAGCGACAAGAAUAAAAAUGUCGGCAAGGUAAUCGUCUCCCUAAUUAAAAAGAAUCGACGUCGGCCAGUUAGUGCUGAAGUGAUUGUCAAGGCUUGUUUCCAUCCAAAGACCACUACACCAACGCCAUCAACUUAUAUUUCAACAUCGCAAACUACCGUCACAGCAACAGGGCGGCAAGAAUUGUGUCAUCUUGACGAUGGUAUGAAGAAUCCUGCCUAUAUUCCAAAUCGAAAUAUCAAGACAUCCUCUACAAAGAAUGGACGGAAGCCGACAGACAUACGACCUGGUGGUGAUGUGUGGACAUCCAAAAAGAACGACAAGAAACCAAAAAUCGAAAUCACACUCGGAGACAAAGCCGUUCCAACACGAAGCAUCAAGGUUAUAAAAACACGAAACAUUGUCAAACCGGAUGAGAAAGCAUACGUCAGUGACAAGAAUAAAAAUGUCCGUAAGGUAAUUGUCUCCCUAAUUAAAAAGAAUCGACGUUGGCCAGUUAGUGCUGAAGUGAUUGUCAAGGCUUGUUUCCAUCCAAAGACCACUACACCAACACCAUCAACUUAUAUUUCAACAUCACAAACUACCGUCACGGAAAAAGCACAACAUUGUGAUGACGUGGACGGUAUGAAGAAUCCUGUUUUCAUCCCGAACCGUAAUAUCAAAACCAGUUCGACAAAGAGAGGAAGUAAACCCGAAUACGUCCGACCUGGCAGUCGAGUAUGGAGCUCGACAAAACUUGAUAGAAGCCCCAGAAUCACCGUCCUUCUCAGAUACAUUUUAUCGUUCUCUCUUCUCGCCGAACAGUUCACGAGACCCGGUAAAGCGGCAAUAAACAGCCAACCAAAGAUGAAAGUUCAAAGCGUCGAGGUGUAUCUGUCUAAGAAGAAUCGACGUCGUCCGGUGAGGGCUUCUCUGUCCAUCAAGGCCUGUUUCCCUCGAAAGAUCACCACAAUAGCUCCAAUACCGGGCACAUCUCAAACGCCAUUCUUAACAACAACAGGGCGGCAAGAAUUGUGUCAUCUUGACGAUGGUAUGAAGAAUCCUGCCUAUAUUCCAAAUCGAAAUAUCAAGACAUCCUCUACAAAGAAUGGACGGAAGCCGACAGACAUACGACCUGGUGGUGAUGUGUGGACAUCCAAAAAGAACGACAAGAAACCAAAAAUCGAAAUCACACUCGGAGACAAAGCCGUUCCGACACGAAGCGUCACCGUUAUUAAGACACGAAACACUGUCAAACCAGAUGAGAAAGCAUACGUCAGCGACAAGAAUAAAAAUGUCCGCAAGGUAAUCGUCUUCCUAAUUAAACAGAAUCGACGUCAACCAGUUAAUGCUGAAGUCAUUGUCAAGGCUUGUUUCCAUCCAAAGACCACUACAGCAACGCCAUCAACUUUUAUUUCAACAAUACAAUCUACCGUUACGGAAAAGGCACAACGUUGUGAUGACGUGGACGGCAUGAAGAAUCCUGUUUUCAUCCCGAACACCAAUAUCAAAACCAGUUCGACAAAGAGAGGAAGUAAACCCGAAUACGUCCGACCUGGCAGUCGAGUAUGGAGCUCGACAAAACUUGAUAGAAGCCCCAGAAUCACCGUCCUUCUCACAUUCUAUGAUUUUUUCUCAUCUAUCAUGUCGCUCGGUGUCUUACUCUCUUUUAUAACAUUCUUUCUUUCUUUCUUUCUUUCUUUCUCUCUCUCUCUUUCUUUCUUUCUUUCUUUCUCUCUCUCUCUCUCUCUCUCUCUCUAA